AUGCAUGGACGUGUCAAGAGUGUGGAGCGCGAGAAGGAGCAACAUAAGACGGAUGAACAGCGUCAGGAGGAGCUUUCCAAGGUGCGAAUGUACCACGAGGUCGCAGGAAAAGUGUUACUAAUGAAGAAACAGGAGCUUUACGAGCCCAGUGCAUUGCCACUGACCAGUCACCUCUUGCUACUAAAUCCCGAGUUCCACAUAAUCUGGAGCUACCGUCGCCAGAUAAUCGAGGCGUUGGCUAAAAAAUCCGAAAAUUCGGUGACGGAAAUGCAAAAAAUGGCAAAAAUAGAACUGAAACUUACCUUGGACGCGUUACAACGGAACCCCAAAUCCUAUUCAACUUGGUUCCAGCGGAAAUGGAUAAUUGAUCGUGGAUUGGGAGAUCUGAAGAAAGAGAUUGGAUUGUGUGACAAAUUGCUGGAUCUCGAUGAGCGGAACUUUCACUGUUGGACCUACCGUCGACAUGUGUGCAAGAUGGCUGGAGUAUCAGAUGAGGAUCAGCUGGCAUUUACGACGCAGAAGAUUGAGCAGAAUUUUUCAAACUACUCAGCGCUGCAUUAUCGCAGCAUUACACUUCUAAAGCCAUUAACGGCUGAUGUACUGUUUGAUGAAAUUGGAUUGGUGCAGCAAGCUGUAUUCACGGAGCCAGAUGACCAGAGUGCUUGGUUUUAUUACCGCUGGCUCUUGACAGCUAUGUUGGAACUAGUGGAGUCGUCUGCUGAGGAUGCAGUUGGAUUCAUCAAGAGCCAAGUGCAGUGGCUGGAGGAAUUAAUGGAAAUGGAGAUGGAAGCAAAGUGGGUUAUUAUUACACUAGCGGAUCUACAUUCCCGCAUAGGUUUGAUUUCAGAGGUUCAUGGCUGGCAAAAGUCAAAAAAGCAAAGUGUGGAGCUGUACGAACGUGCCAUCACACUUGACCCCGAUCAUCGUCGAUACUAUGAGGACAUGAUGAAGAAAAAUACGUGA